AAAUUUCACUACAAGCUCAUAUAUAGGGAACUGUACCAAACUAUGAAUAUGGUAAUUAUCGAUAGUAACGACCACGUGUGUGAUUGACCCAACACAUUAUUAGUCUUACAAAUUUGUAAAUUAUUUCUAAAAAUUAAAGAAGUAAGACAUGUCGGACUUAUUUAGCAGUUCAUCUUCAGGAGAUGAUAAAUCCAAAGGAGUGGACAAUGAAUUGCAAGAAUUUCUGUUAAUUGAAAAAGAAAAAGCACAAUUUCAAUCCCAGAUACAUGAAUUCAAUCAUAUUUGUUGGGACAAAUGUGUUGACAAACCUGGAGCCAAAUUGGACAGUCGGACAGAAACAUGUUUGCAAAAUUGUGUUGAUAGAUUUAUAGAUGUUUCUCUUUUAAUUACCAAUCGCUUUGCACAGAUAUUGCAAAGAAAUGCAGGUGGAAUGUAAAUUGUUAAUUAUAAAUUAAUUGAAUUGUUAUUGUAGGGCAUUGAACAUAAAAUAAGUUUUUAUUUUAAUUGUUUUAUGUAUAUCAAAAGACAUAGUUGAUGUAUCAAUGCAAAAUAGAAAAGUGUUUUGGACAAAUAACAAAUUACCUAUCUUUUCUCCACAAAAUUAUGUUUUAAAUUUAUUUAUAUAAACUAUGUAACUUAUAUAUUACACUUUACACAAUGUACAUAUAAAUUUAUACAUAAUUUAAAUAUUGUGUAAAUUUCUUUGGAAAUUGUGUAAAAAAUAUAGUUGAUUUCAAUAGGGAUAUUAUAAUAAAUAUAUUUCUGUAAACAAUA